AUGACGACUGCGAAUCAAGGAACCCAAUCACAAGGGCUCGUCGUGCUGUCAGAAUUCCAUGCCCUGGACAGUUCUAAAAGCAAUGACUCUUGCCAACUAGAGCAGCCACCUGCAUAUACGCCGUCGACUCGAACAAGAACCAUUGAAAACCUCACUUCAUAUUUCCCUGGUCACGAUUUCUCUCCAGAAAGUGGCGGCUCCGAGGCAUUCCAGCAGCUCGAUUCUAUUCCAGAUACUAUCGUUGACGAUGACCUUGAGAAACCAUCGCUUAUGUCUUUGAGAAUUUCAAGACGGAUCGAAGUAGUUAGCGACGGAAACCUCAUUUCUUUGCCCUGCUCGCCAGCAGAGCAGGCGUCCUCCAUGGCAAGAGCGAUCAUCGAGGCCAUUCAAGGUCGAGAUUGAAAGACAGGGUUGCCAAUGAUCGACGAAAACGGACGACCGAGGCCACUCAUGCUGGAGAUCGAUGCAGGGAUGACCGUUGAGGGAUCUUCAAACAUCAUCGGCACGGAGUCGGUCAUUACCCAGUUUCUACGACACGGCACGCAUACACCAAACAAGUCACCCGAUG